UAUCCACCUGAAAGCUUAAACCAUUGAAAAACCCAGGCUUUCCUUAAACCCUCCCACCCAAAGUUUCCCUCUUUUCUCCGGUUCUCCCCCACCCAAAGCUUAAAGCCGCGAUUCAAUUUAGGGUUUUGUCUUCUCAACCCUGUCUCUUCUCUCUCCAUUCUUCAAUCCAGUCCUGGGUCUCUAGUUUGCGCUGCGAGCAAGACUGAACUAUGGAGUUCGUCAGCCCUGAAGGUCUUCGUUUAGAUGGUCGCCGUCCCAUGGAAAUGAGGCAAAUUCGAGCAGAGAUUGGUGUUGUAGCCAAAGCUGACGGUUCUGCUAUGUUUGAGAUGGGCAACACCAAAGUUGUUGCUGCCGUAUAUGGCCCUAGAGAGGUCCAAAAUAGGAGCCAACAACUGAAUGCCAAUGCAUUGGUGCGAUGUGAAUACACCAUGGCAAAUUUUAGUACCGGAGAUCGGAUGAGAAAACCGAAGGGUGAUAGGAGAUCCACAGAGAUAUCUCUAGUUAUUCGCCAAACCAUGGAAGAAUGCAUUUUGACAAAUUUAAUGCCUCGGUCUCAGAUAGACAUUUUUGUGCAAGUUCUCCAAGCAGAUGGAGGAACUAGAUCUGCAUGUAUCAAUGCUGCAACCCUGGCCCUUGCAGACGCUGGAAUUCCAAUGCGGGAUCUUGUUACUUCCUGCAGUGCUGGGUACCUUAACAGCACACCUCUACUUGAUUUAAACUAUAUAGAAGAUAGUGCUGGAGGUGCUGAUGUCACUUUAGGAAUUAUGCCGAAGUUGGAUAAAGUGACUCUUCUUCAGAUGGAUGCUAAGUUGUCGUUGGAUACUUUUGAAAAUGUAAUGCAACUUGCAAUCGAAGGCUGCAAGGCAGUUGCAGAUUACAUUAGAGAAAUAUUACUGGAGAAUACAAAGCAAUUGGAGUAUCGUCGAGGGACAUAGUUUCAUAGCAUGGUAAGGCUGGCUACUCUAUGUAGAUGAUGUACUCUAUGGAAGCAAAGCUUGGAAGUGGACCACACUUGGUUGCUGUACUCCCCAAGUGGCGAGUUUGUUUUGGAUUCUGAAAAGAGUAACAUGGGCGAAAUUGGUUUAUUUUAGUGGAGGCGCUGCUGAUAUUAAGAUACAAUCUGCUAACUAAACUAAAUAUUCAUUUUGGGUGUGAUGUUAUUAUAUUAGUGUUGUUACUUGUAAGUGAAGUUCUGAAGUAAUAUUAAUGAUUCAAGGCUCCUUCAUUUUCAUAAA